AUGGCCGUGCCCGCGGACCAGCGCAAAAAGAUCCUGAAGGUCUUGAUGAUUUCCUUACUCCUGGACCUGAUAUCAUUCACAUUCAUCCUCCCUCUCUUUCCCUCCCUUCUCUCCUUCUACCGCACCCAAGACCCCGCGCCAACCUCCUGGCUAAACCGCAUCUUCUACUACCUAAACGCCUACAAGAACUCCUUUGCCAAACCCAUAGACUCGCGCUAUGACAUUGUCCUUCUUGGGGGCGCUCUGGGCUCUCUGUUCUCCCUCCUCCAGGCGAUUGCCGCUCCGUUCAUCGGCCGCCUCUCAGAUAAGCAUGGUCGCCGCACGGCCCUGCUCGCCUCUAUGAUUGGAAACAUACUCAGCGUCGCGCUAUGGGUUGCCGCGACCGAUUUCCGCACCUUCCUGGCGAGUCGCGUGGUUGGCGGGUUGAGCGAGGGCAAUGUACAGCUUGCGCAUGCGAUUGCGACGGAUAUCAGCGAUCCUAGCCAGCGCGGCUCGACAAUGGCCCUUGUCGGUGCUUGCUUUAGCAUUGCGUUUACCUGCGGUCCCGCGCUGGGCGCGUUUCUCUCGAGUAUCACGACCGUCAAGGCGAACCCAUUCGCCACGGCCGCGGGCGUUUCACUCCUCCUUAUCGUGCUCGAAACAGCAUACAUCUACGCGUGUCUCCCCGAGACACACCCCCGCCUCACCAACCUUUCACAAACCUCACCCUCCUCAGAACCACCUACCACUGCCAAGGAACCAAAAUCAUACCCAUUAUCAUCAUCGGCCAAACAAUUCCGCAAACACACCAACAACCCCACCACUCUUAACAUCAUCCACCUCCUCUUCCUUCUCCCCUUCUCCGGCAUGGAAUUCUCCCUCCCCUUCCUGACGGCAACCUUCUACGCAAACAGCACCGCCUCCCCCUCCGCCCUAAACGGCCGCCUCCUCUCAACAAUGGGCCUCAUCGCCUCCCUCCUCCAGGGCUCCAUCGUCCGCCGCCUCCCGCCCCUCCUCACAGUCCGCAUCGGCGUCGUCGCCGCAACGCUCUCGUUCUUCCUCCUCUCCCGCGUAUCCAGCCUCGCGGGACUGUAUACGGCUGCCUCGCUGCUGGCUGUUACGAGUGCGACGGUCGUAACAGGGCUGAAUAGUCUGGGAAGUCUUGAGGCGUCGGAGGAAGAGAGGGGUGUUGUUCUGGGUAGGUUGAGGAGCUGGGGACAGGUUGGGCGUGCGGCGGGGCCGAUUUUGUUCUGCUCGCUGUUUUGGUGGGUCGGGAGGGAGGUUGCGUAUCUUGUCGGGAGUGUGGUCAUGGGGUUGGUUUGCGUGGGGGUUUUCGGGUGGUUGAGGUCGCCGGUGACGGAGGCCGUGAGUGUCGAUAAGAAGAGGAAGUAA